GCCUGUAUACGUGCGCGUUCUCGUGUGAGCUCGGAACAAGUAGAGGACGACGAGGCUUCCUCGAGGGUUUUGCUGCAUACGGUCUUUGCCUCUGGGAACAGGCCUGAAAUUUGUACUGUUACGUACUUAAAAACCAUUUAACCAUGAGAAGGAAGCUGUUUGGCGUAAUUCUCGCCGUUUGUAUCGGUUGGUUCCAAGCCGAGGCUCUGACAGCGGGCUUCAUAAAAUCGCCCUUGUCUCAGAUGAAACUCAUAGAAGACCGUGCCGAGCUGGAUUGCGAAGUCAUAGGGAACCCAAUCCCCGAAGUUCAGUGGUGGUUCAUUGAGGGUGAAGAACCAAACGAAAUGAUCACUCAGCUCUUUGACGGCGCGAGAGAGGAUCGCGUACGCAUCAAUGCCACCUAUAUCAACCACGCCACCAGCACGCUCGUCCUCACCAACCUAACUCUCAACGAUACAGGCAUUUACGAGUGCCGUGCCUCAAACGACCCUGACCGCAAUGACCUCAGGACCCCACCCAAAGUCAAGUGGAUUCGUUCGCAAGCGAACGUUAUAGUGUUUGAAUAUCCAACCAUCAUGACCAAACCGGAGGUAGUGAACAACCAGACCUCUGCAGUACUCAGCUGCAAUCUUACCAACCCUUAUUCUCCCAUCAAAGGCUACUAUUGGACCCAUAAUGGCAAGCCCAUUGACAAAACCAAGUCAACUGGUUCAAAUGAUUACACUGAACAUGAAAUUAAAAAGGUUGAUCACCUCUCUUCUGGAAUAUAUGCGUGUGUCUUCAAAACAGAACCUGAGGUUAAUGCGACCAUUGAAGUUAAAGCUCUCCCACAUGUAGCGGCCUACAAACACUCUGAAAAUGCUAAUGAGAAUGACAAGGCUGCCCUAGUAUGUGUGAGCCAUGGAUACCCCGUGACUACUGACUGGAGUUGGUACAAGCUCGGUGAUGAUGAAUCUGAGAUUGUGCUCAUUGUCAAUGGCACUCAAGACAAGUAUGAGAUCAAGAACACCCCCAACAAGACCACGCUGUACGUGAAAGACCUGGACAUGAACAAGGACAUGGGCUUAUACCAGUGCCAAGGCAACAGUGAAAUGGGAUUUGCCACGGAUAAGAUUCAGCUGCGCGUGCGUAGCAGACUGGCCGCCCUUUGGCCGUUCCUCGGCAUUGUCGCCGAGGUCAUUAUCCUCAUCACCAUCAUUUUCAUCUACGAGAAGAGGAGAAAGCCAGACGAGAUCAAUGACGACGAUGACUCAGGAUCUGCACCAUUGAAGAGCAACGCCGCUACAAACCACAAAGACAAAAAUGUCCGGCAGAGGAACUCCAACUAAGAAAGGAGAAAAGGUGUCCUGAUGACUACUGUUGAAGAGAGAGGUGAAGCAUUGAGUUGCUGACUAGCACAUUCUAGUGCACCCUGCGAGUUCUUAACCUUCUGCUUGAGUGUAAAUGUCCCGAGAUAUUAAUUGGUCUACUUUGACUUUUAUUCCUCUCCGUAUCGUGUUGCCAGCAGAUGUUUUUAAAAUGUUUUUGGGGGGAAGGGGGGAAACUGCAUGAUUGUAUUCUUGCUGUAGAAGUGUGUGUUUAGUGGAAAUCUCUUAAUGUGGGAAUGAUUUUUUUUUUUUUUUUUUUUUUUUUUUCGGGUCUUCCUGGCUUCUCUCACUGUUCAUCACGAGUGUGCGCAUCGCAAUUUUCCGAAACUUCUACCGAGUGUAAUUGAAAUCACCAUUCAGCCGCAUGAGAGUCAUGACCAUGUUUGGUGUAUACAAAUAGAUCGCUGAAUCACAUUGGCAGUCAUUUUCCUUUCUGUACGCCUUAAUGUUUAGCCUCUUUAUUGUACAUGCUUUUUUUAGUUAAAGUAAUUUAAAUUAACAACUUUGAUGUGCAGUACUCAGACCGUCGCUGCCCAUUAAAGUGCACUAUUCCAUGUGGAUGGUCAAAUGCCACUUUUUGUCAGGCUAACAGUUUUGUUUAAUAAUCUCAAACAAGCUUAUUUGUAGUUUCUGAUGUUGACUUUUAGGAUUCCUCCUACCUAACCCUUAAGGACCAAGUGCUAGUACAGUGUGUCAUUCGCAUAAUCCGUUAUAAAUUGUUUCCCAAAUUCUAACAUGGAGGACAGUGUGGUUAUAAAUAUUUAGGUAAUGUCAGUGAAGGUGGGAUCUUCGUGAAGGCUUUUGCUUAAAUGAUACUCUCCUAUAGACAGUCAUACUUGCAUUGUAAUACAUUGUGAAGUAUAGUGUCUGGAUGUGUGCCAUUUCCAAUUUAAGAGAUGCGUAAAUUUAAGAUCUUGUUAGAAGUGUAUAAAUUAUUUUGCCUUAGCUUCAUAGGAAAUCUCAUACACUGUCAACUGUACUGACUUGCACAAUCUGAAUAAACAUUUGAUUUUAA